AUGCUCAACCUUAGAACCGCCCUUCGAGCUGUGCGACCCGUCACUCUGACCCGAUCCUACGCCACUUCCGUGGCCUCUUUCACCGGCCAGAAGAACUCCAACGGCAAGUACACUGUGUCUCUGAUUGAGGGAGACGGUAUCGGAACCGAGAUCUCCAAGGCUGUCAAGGACAUCUACCAUGCCGCCAAGGUCCCCAUCGACUGGGAGGUUGUCGACGUCACCCCCACUCUGGUCAACGGCAAGACCACCAUCCCCGACAGCGCCAUUGAGUCCAUCAACCGAAACAAGGUUGCCCUCAAGGGUCCCCUCGCCACCCCCAUCGGUAAGGGCCACGUUUCCAUGAACCUGACUCUGCGACGAACCUUCAACCUGUUCGCCAACGUCCGACCUUGCAAGUCCGUCGUGGGCUACAAGACCCCUUACGAGAACGUCGACACCCUGCUCAUCCGAGAGAACACUGAGGGUGAGUACUCCGGUAUCGAGCACACCGUCGUCCCCGGUGUCGUUCAGUCCAUCAAGCUGAUCACCCGAGAGGCUUCCGAGCGAGUCAUCCGGUACGCUUACGAGUACGCCCUGUCCCGAGGCAUGAAGAAGGUCCUUGUUGUCCACAAGGCCUCUAUUAUGAAGGUCUCCGAUGGUCUUUUCCUUGAGGUUGCUCGAGAGCUCGCCAAGGAGUACCCCUCCAUUGACCUUUCCGUCGAGCUGAUCGACAACACCUGUCUGCGAAUGGUCCAGGACCCCGCUCUCUACCGAGAUGUCGUCAUGGUCAUGCCCAACCUUUACGGUGACAUUCUGUCCGAUCUUGCCUCCGGUCUUAUCGGUGGUCUUGGUCUGACCCCCUCCGGUAACAUGGGUGACGAGGUCUCCAUCUUCGAGGCCGUCCACGGAUCCGCUCCCGACAUUGCUGGCAAGGGUCUUGCUAACCCCACUGCUCUGCUGCUCUCCUCCGUGAUGAUGCUGCGACACAUGGGUCUCAACGACAACGCCACCAACAUCGAGCAGGCCGUCUUUGGCACCAUUGCUUCCGGCCCCGAGAACCGAACCAAGGAUCUUAAGGGUACCGCCACCACUUCUCACUUUGCUGAGCAGAUUAUCAAGCGACUCAAGUAG